AUGAAGACUUUCCUCGUGCUCCUGCUGGGAGCGCUCCUGUGCGUGGACUCAGGUUCAUCUUUGCAGUGCUACAGCUGCACCUCCCAGCUCAGCAACUCCAAGUGCCAGACGGUGAAGACGUGCGGAGAGAACAACAUGUGCAAGACGGACGUGAUCCGGGUCGUGGGGCUCUUCAGCAUCAUCAGCAAGGGAUGUGACUCCUCGUGUGACCCAUCCUACCAGGACUUCAACGUGGGCAACAGGAACAUCUCCUGCUGCAGCAGCGACCUCUGCAACGCCAACGCCGCGGGCAGCGUGAGGUCCAGCUACGGGCUGGCCGGAGGGAUAGCGGCCGGAGUGGUCUGGACCAUCCUCAACAACAAAUUCUGA